GUCGUUGUGUAUCAAUUGGACUCGCAAAGCGAACCACAAACGGACGGAGCAGCAGCAACAGCUGAUAAGCCAACAACGCAUUUUCGUGCUAACAAACAAAAGUCGUUCGAUUACGAUUUACAAGUGCCAUUUCUACAAAUUAACGGAAAGUUUUCUAAGAAUAAAAUAAAGAUGUCUGCAUCUCCCACCGCUCGUCAAGCCAUCUCUCACGCGCUGCCCCUGGCCAUGACCAAGACCAAGAAGAUUGUCAUAUCGGAUCCCAUCCAAAUGCCGGAGGUGUACUCAUCCACCCCUGGUGGCACCCUCUACUCCACCACCCCUGGCGGCACCAAAUUGAUCUAUGAACGUGCUUUCAUGAAGAAUCUGCGGGAAUCACCAUUGAGUCAAACGCCUCCCAGCAACAUCCCAAGUUGUUUGCUGCGUGGUACCCCCCGGACACCCUUCCGCAAGUGUGUGCCCGUGCCCACGGAUUUGGUGAAGAAAACGCAAUCGCUGAAAAUUGAGGACCAGGAGCAGUUCCAAUUGGAGCUGUAACCGAGCAAGCCAUUCAUCCCAAUUCCAAGCAGCUACUGCCAAAACUCAUAUACCAUAUCCGCACACUCUAUUUAUCACAACCCAUCAACCUAGUUGUAUUAUUAUAUUCAUAGUUCUCAAUCCCCAUUUUAUCCCUUUACCACGAAAUUGUUCAUAUAGCUUUUAAGUUUGUAGCUCUUCCCGUCCAUUGAGGCGAUUGUUCAGUUUUCAGUCAUAUUGAUUGAAUUGUUUUUUGUAUUUAGUAUAUUUAGUUCUUAAGCAACUCAUGCAAUAAAAUGAUUACUAUUUAAAAAAAAUUGA